AUGCUGAUAUGCAGCAUAGAGUGCUUAUUUCACUACACAAUUCAGUGUCAACUUUUCGUCAAAACAACAAAUAAUUUAAUUUUAUUUUAUUUCUUAACAAAAAUGUCGGAUUUAAUAAAUUUUAAUCAAAUGGGUAUUGUUGAGCCUGAUAAACGUCUUAAGCAGCUUGUAUUAUCGGGAAGUAACAUAAGUGUCGAUCCAAAUCAGAAUAUUUUAAGAUAUUUCAGGUCUGGAAAUGAGCUAUACAGAAUGGCAAAAGUGUAUAUGAAUGAGGGAAACUUUGAGAAUGCUUAUAUAUUAUUUCUACGAUUUUUGACAUUGUUUGUUGAAAAAAUUCGUGCACAUCCAAAAUUAAAGGAAGUACCAGCAGAGACUAAGAAAGUUAAUAAGGAGAAGAUGGCAGAAAUAAUGGCCUUAACAGAGAAGCUUAAAAUGAAAUUAUUGGAUAGAUAUAAGAAAGAGUAUGAACAAUUCCUAAAAGAUCAAGAGAUUGAAAGAAGAAAAGCUAUAGAGGAAGCUAAACGAAAGGAACUGGAAGAUGCAAAGAAUAAGACUGCAAAAAUAUCCACUCCAUCAAAUAUUAUCGUCACACAACCUACAGCACCAGAUUUUGCAGAUCUUGAUGAAAUAGUCUAUCCAAAUGACUUUCCAACUGAGCCACAAAAGCCAGGACUUUUGCCAGGAAAUAAACCACCGAGCUAUGAUCGCAGCACAAAACCGUCUAUUUCGUUAAUGGAAGGUGCUUUAAGAACAUUGUAUGUUCCAAAUGACACAAUGCAGCAGUUCCUUGAUGUCGCUAGACCAAAUACAGCAAGAAAUGUUGAGACUUGUGGAAUCUUAUGUGGGAGACUCGAGCAGCAUCAACUCUUUGUGACUCAUAUAAUUUUACCAAAACAAAAUGGCACAUCUGACAGCUGUAAUACAAUGAAUGAGGAAGAAAUCUUUGACAUACAAGAUCAGUUGCAUUUAAUCACUUUAGGAUGGAUUCACACACAUCCAAGUCAGACAGCAUUCCUCUCAUCUGUAGAUCUACAUACUCAGUGUGGAUAUCAGAUCAUGCUUCCGGAAUCAAUAGCUAUCGUGUGUGCACCGAAAUACAAUGAGAUUGGAUUCUAUUCGCUGACAUCCACAGGACUUGAAUUUAUCGCAAAAUGUAAUCAAACUGGAUUUCAUCCGCAUCCAACAGAUCAAUUUAUGGAAGCUGUGCAUUGUGAACUUGAUAAAAGUAAAAAAGUGACUAUUGUUGAUCUGAGACAACGUUAAAAAUUCAUUAAAUGCUAAAAUAAAUAACCGUU